GCCCAUUCACCAGUCCACCCGAAAUGCAAUUUGGUAUCAUUGCACAGACAAAGAGUGAAGUGAAGAAGACGAAUACAGUACACAACUCAAUCAAGGCUAGAAUAUACCAUAGAAAAAAAAUAGAGUUGUGAGAAAUUAGGGUUUAGAAAUGUUUGGAACUGCGAUUAGAAAUGUAGCGAAGAAGCUGAAGCCGAAGAUGGGAGCUGUAACGCUUACAACGCCGCCGGAACAGCGACAAACAAUAACAAGGGCUCUAUUUGAUAUCGUUAAGGAGCAUGGUCCAAUCACCGUUGGUAACACAUGGGAACGUGUCAAGGAAGUUGGAUUGAAAGAUUUGACGAGCAAGAAUCACAUGAAAGUAGUUUUGAGAUGGAUGAGAGAGAGACAGAAGCUUCGUCUUGUUUGCAACCAUGUAGGAGCUCAUAAACAGUUCCUCUAUACCACCUGGUUCACCAAACCAGGUACUGCUCAGACUACAACUACGACAACAACAACAACAACAACAACGAGAAGCAUUCCUUCAAAGAAAAAGCCAACAAGAUCUUGAAACUUUUACGAUCAAUAGCCAAGACUCAGGAGGAUGAACCAGCUGUUUUGUGCAAAAUGGGAAGAAUAAUGGAAGACUAUUAGUAUAAUUUUAGUGUCACAUAGUGAGGAAUCUGAAUAUUGGGCCACAUGGUUGGUUGAGUUAAAUUUGUUCUUCCUGAUUGUGUUGCUUCUGUUCCUAUGUUCUUCAUUAAUGCAAACUGGUAGAUUACUACUAGCACUACGUAUUGGUGCCUUGGCAAUUGUUUUCUCUCAGUGUUAGCAUUAGGUAUUGGCAUAUCCUCUGCCUAGUCAUUUCAGAAUAAGAAUGGCAAGUUUGGAACCUUCAGUUUCAAAGUUGUUCAAAUAUCUUCUUUGAGACAUAACACAUGUUUCAAAAUUUGGCCAGGUUUAGCUAAUUACGGCCCUCCAAAACCAAACUUGUAAACAAAUUAUUGACUUGGUAUUGAUGUUCAAAUGAUAAUUUGCGAUCAAUUGUGUAA